UGUAAAUUUCUAACUUCCGGCCAGGUUCUGAGAUUCAUAGCAAUUCGGCUAUUUACAUUUGGCAUGACUAACUUCAUUGAACAUUGGAACAUGUAACUAUAGCAACGUACGAUUAUUGCAUCGAUUGGUUGAAAUUUUAGAUGACAUGAUCAAAGAGUUCGUGGCGCCUUAAGAUGGCUGUGGCGAUAACGGAGAGAGCCAGAGACCCACGCUUUCCAUUCAUAUCCUCGUCGUUGUCAAUAGAACACGCCUUGCACCAUGCUCUCGUACAGCCGCGUCAGUGUCGGCCUAAUGGUCUUUAUUUGGGGAAUAGUUUCUCCUCCUUCAGAUGCUAGAGGAGUGAAGACACUACGAGUUGGUUAUGGAAACAGUUUACAGGAAGAACACACAUGUACUGCACUACCACUCGACAAGGACAAUGAAGAGUACAUAGUAACAUUUGACCCGAAGGCUGACCCGUCCCGCGUCCUUCACCUUAGCGUCCAAGUGUGCGAUGAUAUUCCAAGUCAUGAACUUUUGUGGUCAUGCGGUGAUGGCGUCCCCGGAUGUAUAGGAGACAUUAGACCUGUCUAUGUGUGGGGCUUGAACUCUACAACAUGGCGGCUGCCACCAGACACGGCAAUUCCAGUGGGCGGGGCUUCUGGCGGACGCUUCAUCGUGCUACAGGCACAUAUACAUAAACAGCGUCAUUCAGAUAGAAUGAUGUCGUCCCACCCACACUACGCUGAAGUCAAGCUCCAUGUCACCACUCGCAGGCCUCGGUUUGAGGUUGGUCUGAUGAUUCUCGGUAACACAGGCUUCAUCCCUCCACAGCAACCACGUUUUGUUUCUGAGAGUGCAUGUCCAUGGAAUUCUGUCCAAUCAGCGUUUGUCCUUGGUUACCGCCUCCACACCCACAGGCUAGGCCGCUGGAUAGAAGGUUUUGCAGUUUCUGAAGAAGGUUGGAAACUUAUUGGGGAGGGGAGACCACUCUCUCCAGAGAAUGUCCAUCGUAGUUUUACGAAACAACUUUUAAGGAAUGGAGACUUUUUGGCUUCGAGGUGUUACUAUGAAAAUCUUCAGUCAAAACCUGUGAACUUCGGAUCUGAUUUUCAUGAUGAAAUGUGCAAUUUCCACCUGCUGUACGUUUUCCCAUAUGGCUCUGCGCCCUCUCUACGCUUCCGAACAUGCGCACAAGACGCCCAGGUUUUUCAUCUAAAAGAUGCGUUCUUCUCCGUUCCUGAAGGAAAAAUGCAUACGGGCGGAAAAUCUGAUACACAAUAUGGAUAUUAACAAUAUAUGUGUCUCACGCGAGUUAGAAUAAUGUUAUUUAUCAGAAAUGAGGGCCGCAAUCAGCUGACAAUUUUGACCUGCUAUAUAGAUAUGUUGUUGACACGUGCCAACUUUGUUAACUGACGGAAGCAAAAGACAUGCUGAAUAUGUUAAGGUUGCAAAACGUCGUUCAGAAAACGUUUUAUCAAAUCUGUUGUCCUAGGACUGAAUAUCAAUAUUUCAUCUCAGACAUAUCGAAAAUUAAUAACGAAAAAUGUAACGUAAUUUCACAAUAAAGAUUCACAUUUUGCAAAAAAGAUGUCCUU